CUGACGUCAUAACUAUGCGCCAAACUCCACUUCGUAAAGUUUAGUGUACAGCUAUGAUUUGCUAAUGGACCAAAGUAAGAGUCUGCUAUUUAUCCGCCGAGGUGACAGGCGCUCUGGUUUCCUUCCACUGUCCAAAACCUGCUCCACAGGUUAGUUGGGGACUCUAAAUUAUCCCUAGAUGGAUGACAUCAACGUUCUACAACACCGGUGCCUUCUGAAUCUGAGGCGCCGAAUUCGAGAUGUAGGAGAUGGACGUCCUGCACAGGAGCGAUACAUGAGGCUGCAGAAAUCUGGAGACACACUCAGUUACCAAGGGAACUCUGAGGAAGUAGGUUGCUAUGUGGCUGGCCAUCCUUUGUCAAAGGGAAAUUGUUACUUUGAGGUGACAAUAGUAGAGACAGGAGUCCGAGGGACCAUUGCUGUGGGCCUGGUGCCUAAAUUCUACAGACUGGACCACCAGCCUGGCUGGCUGCCACAUUCUGUAGCUUAUCAUGCUGACAAUGGCAAGCUGUACAAUGGUAAUCCCGUUGGGCAGCAGUUUGGACCAAAAUGCGCUCGUGGUGACCGCAUUGGUUGUGGAAUACUCUCAGAAAAUAUCAAAGCGGGUCUUUCUAAAGUCUUUUUUACCAAAAAUGGAAAAGAGGUGGGGUCAGUAGAGGUUCCUGUGUCAGCUGAGGGGCUGUUUCCUGCAGUUGGGAUGCACUCGCUGGGGGAGGAGGUGAAGGUUGACCUGCAGGCUGAGUGGCUCUUGGAGGAGGGGGACAGUAUGAUGAUGGUCGACAGCCAUGAGGACGACUGGGGGCGACUUUACGAUGUCCGAGUUAGUGGAGUGCUCCUGGAAUACGUUGGCAAAGGCAAGAGUAUUAUGGACGUUGGCUUGGCUCAGGCGCGCCAACCCCUCACAACCCGCUGCCAUUACUAUGAGGUGGAGAUAGUUGACGCUGGGGAGAAGUGCUUCAUUGCUCUGGGUCUGGCAAGAAGGGACUAUCCCAAGAACAGACACCCGGGGUGGAGCCGAGGUUCCGUCGCAUAUCAUGCAGAUGAUGGGAAGAUCUUUCAUGGAAGUGGCGUUGGUGAUGCUUUUGGUCCUCGCUGUUUCAAAGGAGACAUCAUGGGCUGCGGCAUCAUGUUCCCACGAGACUACAUCCUGGAUGGAGAAGGUGACGCAGACGACUGUGAACGGCUGGAGUUCCGCCCAACUCCUGCGGCUGUCCAGAACGUUUUAUACCUCAAUGAUGAGGAAGAUGAUGAAGAGGACGGGGAUGAUCAGGAGCAGGACCAGGACGGCCGAAAGGUGACGGUGUUUUUCACCAGAAACGGGAAGCUUAUUGGCCGACGAGAGAUGGUAGUUCCCCCUGGAGGCCUCUUCCCGACCGUCGGGAUGCUGAGCAGCGGCGAGAAGGUCAAAGUGGAUUUGCAUCCUCUGAGCGGAUGAGAGUCGGAUGGACCUGCGAGCAGCCGGCUGCACUGUAGAGCUUUUCACGGUAGCCUAGCCUGCUGCUAACAGCAGCACACAUGCAUGUCGCUGGCGUCUUCCUCCUCACUGCAUGGGAUUUCACUCAAGAAACCUGUAGGUUUUACAGAAACAUAACUCCACGCCGCUGCAGAACACAGAACCAGAACCUCCUGAGAACCAUCCAGUGGUUAACUCUAUGCAAUCUGUCCAGCCAUUAUCCCCUCAUGCAGCCUCGGCCUCCAUGCACCAUGACUCCGGAGCAAUUUGAGCUGUGAAAUCCCUUUCAUGCGGUCUGGCACACUUACUUUAUUUCAUUUGUCACAACCCCAAGCAAAGCAGAGCGAGGCCAGCGCUUGUGCCGAGUCAGAGCUCACUGGCAGUUUAUGUUUCUGGGAAUCUGAGCCCCCUCCACAUCCUUUUUCUUUUUUAUGAUCCCUCUUGUUCCACUAUAGUCCUAAACCCAGCCUGCUCAACCUCUUCCUAGUGGAGGGCUCCCCCGCCUGAGCAAGAAGGGAACUGCAAGUGCUCCACUGACAGUAUUAAGGCCACCAUAUGAAUAAAUGCUAUUUGAGAAUAAUAAUAAAAUCGAGAAAAAAAGUAUGCACUUUACAAUAAAAUUAUGAAAUAUUUGGGGAAAAAGUCAACAAUUUCAGAGAAUAAAGUGGCUAUGAGAUCAAAUGUAACAAAUUUCAAGUUGUAAAAUCAUGUGGAAAAGUUGAUCAUUCAAAAUAAACAAAGUCAUAAACCGUGUUAAAGAAAAAGUCAGCAAUUUUUCAAGAAAAAACUAUAAAAGCUAUAAAAUUAAAAGAAUAAAGUUGUAAAAUCAUGUGGAAAAUAAGUUAACUUAUGAGAAUAAUCUGGUAAAAUGUUAAGAUAAAAUGCAAAAAAUAAAAAAAUAAGGUUGUAAAAUCAUGUGAAAUAGUCAACAAUUUACAUUAAACAAAUUCAUUAAAGCAUGAGCAAAAUAAGUCAACAAUUUAUGAGAAAAUAAGUCGUAAAAUUAAGAAAAUUAAUUUGUAAAAAUCAUGUAAAAAAGUGAAAAAUUUUUGAUAAAGUCGUAAAAUCGUGUGGAAAAAAGUCAACAAUUUACAAGGAAUAAGGUCGUACGAUCGCAUGAAAAAAAAACGUAACAUUUACGAGAAUAAAGUUGUAAAAUUGUGAAAAAAUUCACAGUCAUAAAAUUGACUUUAAAAAAAAUCAAAUGUUUCUGAAAGUCGUCCUAAAAUUCUAAGAAGAAAGCUCUAAAAUCACGUGAAAAGUUAACAAUUCGUGAUAAAUGCAUAAAAUUGCAUGAAAAAAGUGAAAAAUGUACGAGAAAAGUAGUCGUACAAUCGCAUGAAAAAAAAACGUAAAAAUGUGUGGGGAAAAAGGUCAACAGUUCAUAAGAGUAAAAUUGUAAAAUUCUAAGUCAGCAAUUUGCAACAGACAUAAAAUUGUCUGGCAAAGAAGUCAAAAGUUUAUGAAAGUCGUCCUAAAAUUCUAAGAAGAAAACCGCAAAAUGAAGUGAAACAAUUUUGGAUAAAUAAAGUCAUACGAUCACAUUAAAAAAUACAUGAAAAUAAAGUUGAAAAGUCUAAAAAAAAGUCAACAAUUUACUUAAAAAAAAAGACGACGUACAAUUAAAUAAAAAAAAAAACAGUCAAUAUUAUAAUUUAUUAUAAUCAUUUUUUUAUUUUAAAGUUUUAAACAUAAAAGUAAAAUUUAUGAGAUUAUAUCAAAUGUAUGAAACAAAAGAAAAAUGUCUACAACAACAAAGAACCAAAAUCAUCUUUAGUGUGUUUAGAUGUAGAGCACUUUAUAAGUGGUUACUUCAACACAAAAUCUUUUAGCGAGUCAAUAUUGCAUUUUUGUAACAUUGAAAAUAAUUUUCUGGAAAUUUUGCCCCUUCAGAAGAAAAGGUCACACAGAUUUGGUAGAAAUUGUGUAUUACAAUAUUUUCCCAUAAUUUUACGACUUAAUUUAUUUAUUUUCGUUGAUGGUGGCCCUAAUCCUGUCAUAGAAGACAGCUGACGCAGUGUCUCUCAGAGUAAAGGUGUAUCCUCCAUAUUCCAGGUGCAUGUGGGAGCUAAAGAUGACGUGAGUGUUUUUUAAUUGCACUUCACGUUUAUUUUGAAGGGAGAGACGGAAGGAAGUCACUUUUUAAUGAACAUAACUGAUCCAAUGUUUAAUAGAAAGCUGCUCGUUGGAACAAAACAAAACGCCAUGUUAUUGAAAUCAUUUUAGAGUCGGAUCAUUCAAAACUUUUUAGUUUUUUUUUUUUGAUUAGUCAUAAGAGUCCAGACUUUAGGAGAACUGUGAGAUGUGCUGAGUCAUCAUGAAGAAAAAAAACAGCAACUAUAGGUGAAGAUGUGAGGUUGCACGAGUUCAUGAUGAACGAUUAUUGGCUCUGAUUGUUCUUCUAAAUGUAUUUAUUGGUGAGGAAGAGCACAUGGAUCUGUUUGAUGCUGUCUGUGCCGCUCACCUGACUGCUGGAAGAUUCAAUGAAGACAGCGAUGUCUGUGCACGUGUGUGUGUGUGCGCGUGUGUGAGAGUCUUGGUGAGUGAUGUUUGUGUUCCCCACUAUUGCUUUAAUCAUCUGUUCACGGUGAACGACGAGAAAGAGAGUCACCUUAUUAGAAGAAUCAACGAGAGGAGUUGAACUGUAAUCGUCAUGGCAACGUCUGCCUCCUAAAUCGAUCUGCAUUAGGGGUUCAGAUGUUGUCAUGGCGACAGAAUCAGAUGUGGACCAAACUUAAAACCCAAGAGUUUUCUUUAAAAAAAAAAA